CUCACGAAGCUCAUAAUGAUGAAGCUGUUCCUCGUGUUUAAUUGAGGGGUACGAUAGCGCUUAGAAAACAUAGUAUAAUCCUGCAGAAGCAGGGUGUCGAUCAUUGAGAGAAAAUGAUCAAGAGCGUGUUACUACUUUCAUUGGUACUACUCGGGGCAUUCGACGGCCCGGGUCAUCUCGAUUAUAUUUUUGAUACCUCGGUGAAGUUCUCUUUCACAAGGUGGUUAUACUACGGUUUUGGUACGACAAAGAGCGUCCUGGCUAUGGGAAGUAGCUGUAACGCUUGUCGCAUGCAUGAAGAGAUCAGAGCAAUGAGUCUCGAAGCGAUAAAGGAACAAAUACUGAACAAGUUAGGUUUAAAACAGGCUCCCAACAUGACAGGCAGAGCUCUACCAAGGAUUCCGCCGAUCUCUAAGCUCAUGGACAUGUAUGGGAUGCAGGCCGAUCAGCCAUUAGAGCCUGGCAUCACACAUCAUGAGGAAAUCGAUGAAUUCGCUGCUAAGACAGAGAGUGUCUUUGCUUUUCCGCAACCUCAUCAAAGGCUAAGGCAUUCAAAGGGAAAUCUGGAUGUGCUGUACUUCAAAUUUUCUGACAAAAUCGUACAGCACAGGGUAACACGCGCGGAGCUUUCACUAUGGAUUUACGGGGCGCAGGAGAAUCGGGAUCAGCCGUCGGAGACUCCUGGGAUAGGCGAGGAUAGCGAGCCAGAAACGAUAAGCAGUCCGAGCGAGGGCGGAACUCUGACAAUUACGUUACAACGAAUAAUGCGCGGCUCGACGGACAUGGGCGGCCCACAACUGGGACCGCCACUUACGACGAAAUACAGACGACCCGCGGGUAGACGGGGCCUUUGGGUGACAAUAGAGGUUAGACGGAUGGUUGCCGAGUGGUUCAAGCAUCCACGAGAUAAUCUUGGCGUGGCUGUGAAGAUCGGUGGGGCGAACGGGCGUAGGCCCACUAGGAGUUUUAGGCUUGUCGAAACAAGUCCAGGAUCUGAGAAUGCGCCUUACUUGGAAGUUCAAACGCAGGAGCUGGAUUCGCGACGGGGCGCCAGGAUGAAAAGAAACGUUGGUCUAAAUUGUGACGAGGCCAGCCAGGAGACAAGAUGCUGCCGAUAUAAGCUUACCGUCGACUUCGAGAAGUUCGGUUGGGACUGGAUCAUAGCACCAAAAAAGGGAUGCUCCUGUGCUUGCAGAUACGACGCCAAUUAUUGCUCGGGAGACUGUCCAAUGGCUUUCCUGCCCGCCUAUCCGAAUACACAUAUAGUGAGCUUAGCCGAACCACCCAACAAUACGGGUCCAUGCUGUGCACCACGAAAGCUUUCCGAAAUCACGAUGCUCUACUUUGAUAACGAGUACCAGAUCGUCUUCUCGCGGUUGCCCGGCAUGGUUGUCGAACGCUGCGGAUGCUCAUAGUCUUCUCACAAAUAAGUCGCCAUGACCAAUACGACUUUCACGUGAUUCUCGACGAGCGAAUAACAGUAAAAAAAAGUGACCUUUCUUCUUCCUGAUCAUUUAUAAUAGCGCAACCGAAAUUAUAAGGUAUAGGUUAGAGAGAGAGAGAGAGA